CCUCGUCCCUCCCAUGCAAUGCUUUGUGCUUUAAUACCAUGUCGACAGAAACUGCUUCCUCCAAUCUCACCGUCAACCCCUUGGCAUAUGUCCAGGUCACCCUCAAUCCCGACGGCACCCUCAACCGUGACCGCUUCGUCUUUCCGGACACCUCCGCCUCACCCGACCCCAUUCCGUCCGCUGGUCCAGUCCUCUCCAAGGACGUCCCGAUCAACCCUUCCCACAACACUUGGGCCAGGAUCUUCCUGCCCCGCCACCAUGCACGGUCCUGCUCGGAGGAGAAACUCCCCCUCAUAGUUUACUACCAUGGCGGGGGAUUCAUCCUCUGCAGCCCGGCAUCAAAUAUAUUCCACGAGCUGUGCAUCACCCUUGCACGCGAGCUCUCCGCUGUUGUUGUGUCGGUGAAGUACCGCCUCGCCCCGGAGCACCAGCUCCCCAUGGCGUACGAUGAUGCGGUGGAGGCGCUGCACUGGAUUAAAACCGCCCGAGACGAGUGGCUUGUGGAGCAUGCGGAUCUCUCCACGUGCUAUCUCAUGGGCUCCAGUGCGGGCGGCAACUUGGCCUUCCAUGCAGGGCUUCGCACAUCCGCGUCGCCCGAAGGCCUCGAGCCGUUGAAGAUCCGAGGGCUGAUACUUCACCAUCCCUUCUUCGGCGGGACCCAGCGGACGCCGUCGGAGCUGAGGCUGGCAAACAACCAUAUACUGCCGCUGGCGGCCAUCGAUCUUAUGUGGGAGCUGUCGCUGCCGCUUGGGGUUGACCGCGACCACGAGUACUGUAAUUCAGCGGUAAACGGUAGCUCCAAGCUGUCGGAAGGGGUGGAUAAGAUGAGGUCGCUCGGGUGGAGGCUCCUGGUCACCGGCUGCGAUGGAGACCCGCUGAUCGAUCGACAGGUGGAGCUAGUGAAACUGUUGAAAGAGAAGGGAUUGAGAGUGGUGAGCGAUUUCAUGGAGGGUGGAUAUCAUAUAAUCGAGGCCAUUGAACCGGACAAGAGCAAGCCUCUGGUCCUAACCUUGAAGAGUUUCAUGUCGACGACUGUGGCUGGUCAGGACGCGGUCGGUCCUCCGAAUGGAAUCUCCAUGCAAAUUGCGGCCUGACCUUUCUCUUUGUUCAUCGCACCAUGUGAAACUGAAACGGUCAUGACGGUUCCGGCCCGACCACUCGAUCACGCAUGCAGUUGUUUCUCCUCUAAAUUGGUUUCUAGUUGGUUUGAGAUAGUAUCCAUCCAAUGCAUUAUGUGGUUUCUCGUCGGUUUGCCAUUUUUACUUCCCUUGAGAAUUGACGUACUCUAUCUUUAUGUAAUCGUCAGGGUGUUGUGUGGGUGGAAAGCUUCAUUGCUGUUCUGAAGUUGAUUUUUAGUCUAUUUAGUUUCGGCUGAUGAUAUCCAUCCAGGGAUAUUAUGAUAACGUGACAUCUUUCUUA